ACUUGCUGAUCUACGAGUGUCACAAUCGUGGACAGUUUAAUGAAAGCUUGCAUUACGGUCCUGGAUUCGAUUGCCAUGACUACGCCAAUAUGCCAUUCUUGGAAUGCUACUUCUACAGUGUGGUGGCUGCUUGGGCCGUUGGAGCUGAGGCAUUUUAUUACCCACCAAACGUUGGUUAUAACAUUGGAACAGAAGAUUCUCCAAACAGCUACAUGCUGGAGAUACACUAUGACAAUCCAAAAGGAAUUGAAGGACGCAAAGACAGCUCUGGAUUGCGUUUCUUCUACACGUCGAAUAUCCGAAAAUACGAUGCUGGCAUACUAUUGGUUGGGGAAGCGUCGCUACCAUACUUUGUAAUUCCGCCCAAACAAAAAACGUGGAUGACCGUCGGGUAUUGCCCCAAAGAAUGCAGUGAGGAAAGUCUCAAGUCAACAAAGCUACCAGAGAAAGGAAUAAAUGUGUUUGCUGCAUUCCUUCACACCCAUUUACAAGGACGUGGAAUAUGGACGAAACAUGUUCGUGAUGGGGUUGAGUUACCAGAAAUCGCACGCGAUGACAACUACGAUUUUAAUUUUCAGGAUAUCCAAGUGUUGAAAGAUGAAGUUCAUGUUAAACCAGGAGACGAUUUGAUGACUUACUGCAAAUACCAAACCAUGGAUAAAGACAAAAUGGUCGUGGGUGGUACGGCUACAUCUCAGGAGAUGUGUUUAAGUAUGUUAUUUUACUACCCACGGAUGGUAAAAGAACCAAGCUGCAACAGCAUUCAAUACAAGCCAGUCCAUGAAUUCAUUGGAAAGUACUUUCCAUACCUUAAACCACAUGUGAAGUCAUUGCAUUACAACCCUCUUGUUGCCAUGAAUAUCACUUGGACUGAAGAAAUGGCUUCAGACUUAAGGAGGGGAUACGAACAAGGAGAAACCCUUAUACCGACUUGCAAACAUCAGUGGGUUAGUAGACUAAUGGUUUAAUAAUUAAUCAUUGAAUACCGCGGUCUGCUAAAGUGGUUGAUGAGAUUGCAUUGAUUUAUUUUGCCUGUGGCCUAUAGACACUACUACACCAAUGCAAUCACCCAGUUGAUACGCGACGGGGGUACUCCCAAAUGGAAAGGUCGCAGAUGCCCGUCGCCUAGCUUAGGGGUAUAAACCAAGAAUUCUGGUCUCACGUAGUGUGUUCAUGACGGAUAGUCACAGUUUUUACUUUUCAAAGUAUCUUUUAGGGUACAUUUGAAGAACUCCUUUCUUAGGCUCGAUUUCCUCCGGUCAAUCGAGUCCGGGCUACUAAUGCGGGGCCCUUACCUGAACAGCGGCUAGUAAUCGAGCCUAUUAACUGCGUUUUAAGUGGUAUCUUUUAGAGGUCAAAUAAAGCUCGCACCAAGCCAAGAACGGUCUCCUUAAGGUGUUUAUAUUUUCCGACGAGCAUCCCCGACCUUUUCAUAUGGGAGUUAUCCUAACCCCCCUAGGUUCA